AGGACGAAGAGCAGUAGCAGCAGUAGAGACGAAGAGACGUGCGUGUGUACAGGUCGUAGACCGGCCGUGUCUGUCUGUCUCUGUCUCUCUCUCUCUCUCUCUCUUUCUCUCUCUUUCUAUACCUUUUUGUCUUUGUCAGUCUCUCUCUCUCUCUCUCUCUCUUUCUCCUUCUCUCUCUUCUUACUACUAUAGUGCAGUGAGCAGUCGCGAGAGUCGAGCCAGGAAAGAUGGCUGCUGGCUGUUGUGGAACGAAGAAGCAAAAGCUGAAUAACUCGACCAGCAUUCCGUGCAAUGGCUCGGCCGUAUUGCAAAACGGCACCCAGAUACGCUAUUCCACGAUAGUCCAACCGGAAAUGGGUUUCUUUUGCUUCGACGUACUUUACUGCCAACUACAUCAACUUGACCCUCCAAAAACGCCCAACUUCAGCAACGAUGCAUUCCCAUUAUUCGUAACUUGGUCUAUUGGAAAAGACAUGAGAUUAAGAGGCUGCAUCGGUACAUUUAAUGCUAUGCAUUUACAUGCCGGAUUAAGAGAAUACGCUACUACUAGCGCAUUUAAAGAUUCUCGAUUCAAUCCGAUAACAAGAGAGGAAUUGCCACGCUUGCAUGUAAGCGUAUCUAUCCUUAGAAACUUUGAAGACGGGGUGGACUAUUUAGAUUGGGAAGUUGGAGUUCAUGGAAUUCGUAUAGAGUUCCAUAAUGAAAAGGGUAAUAAGCGGACGGCUACUUACUUGCCUGAUGUAGCACCGGAACAAGGAUGGGACCAGAUACAGACAAUAGACUCCCUGCUGCAUAAAGGUGGUUAUAAAGGAUUGGUAACUCCAGACAUUAGACGUAGUGUGAAGUUAACUCGUUACCAGAGUGAGAAGGUCACCGUAAGCUAUCAAGAUUAUAUGACACAUUGGCACUGCCGAAGGUGCUAGCAGCUGGCCUGGGGUCCACCACAAGGGCCCCUACCUUCUCAAACUUCUGUCGCAGUUCGUUAUAACAAUACAGAAACAACAUCCCAUUUUCAAUACAAUAAUAGCAAUCAAUACAAUCCGUUUGUGGCCAGUCAGCAGCAUACAUUAGUGAUGGUACAACCUAAUCAUCCAUCGUUCAUACAUCCACUUCCCAUGCCUCCUGUUUCUCCCGUUGUGGUACCUGUUCAAGAUUAUCCAUCUUUUUGGUGGGAUCGUGCAGGACCUUCCUUUCCUCCUCCACAUUCACAUCCUCGUACGCACCGAUAUACAACACAAGAAAAUAUGGAUCGUGGGGUGCGCAAGCGAAAAUGACAUUGGAGGCGGCUGUUACUUGCAAUCUUUCACUGUUUGAAGUGGUGCCUAUUGUAUUUUGUAUGUUUUAGCAUACACAGUCUCCCCUUUAUGAUACCAUACAGUCCUCCCUGAGGAUGAUAGAACCUACGAGUAUGAUGGCAAUAUUUUUACUUAAAAUAUAAUUCCUAUAUUAACUAUAAAUAAGUUCAUUACUUAUUUAAUAUUGAACUGAACUAAAAUAUCAAUUGGAUAAUGAAAUUAAUCAUUAAUGAUGAUGUCUUUGAAAUGUAUUUAACAAGUAUGAGAAGUUAGAGCUAUUUCUUUUUCUCUCUCUCUCUCUCUUUCUCUCUCUUUCUCUCUCUAAAGUAAUAUCAAGCGAGAUGAUAUGCCAGAGCUAAUGAAAUAGUAUUUAAUUAUUAAACGAAUCUUAGCACUUAAUAUGCGUUUAUGCUCUUUACACAUGAUUAACUCUGCCAUCAUACUAACGGAUCUACAUUGAUAUUUUUAUCUGCAAUGUAUGGGUGAUAUAAGUAAUUACAUAGCACAGCAAAGAUAUACAUCUCUUUAAAACUGUACAAAUUUGAUCAAAGAUAUAUGUCUUUGUAUUAUUACAUAUAUUGCAAGAAAUAUAGAAUAUUAAUAUUAUAUAUAUAUAUAUAUAUAUAUAUAUAUAUAUAUAUAUAUAUAUAUAAACAAAAGGUGUGUGAAAAGAUGCUUUUUGUAUCCUUUGAAUUUCUGUUUUGUUAAUUGGAGUAUAUAAUUAGAUUACAAUAUGUUUCAUAAUGCUGUUAAAUAUUUUUAUGAGCAAUUGUAAUUGUUAUGGAAAAAAAAAAUUACUCUAUCUUUGUCGGUAUAAAUUACUAAUACUAACGUUGUUUUCCUUUUUUUUCUUUUUCAUUUUUUUUUUUUUCUUAAAUAUUUUAAAAAUUCAUAAAAAUAAGUAAAAAAUUUAAUUUGAAUUUCUUUCCACUGUUCAAUUUGUUUCUAACAGUGUGACAGUAAUUUUUACGUUAAGUAUGACAAUGUUAAAACGGCUAAAUAGAAUUUCUUUGUACUAAUGGUAUAAAUAAAUAUGUCUGUUAUAUUAAUUAGAUUGUAUUAGAUCGUUCAUUGACGUUGUAUCAUUUUGUUGGACAUAAAAUAUAAAUCCCUCAAAAUGUAUUUAGCUAAUGUAAAUAUAAUCUGUAAAUUGUCUAACAUAGUUUAUACCAUUGCUACAUCGAAGUUUAUUUUAAAAAAUCGUAGUUGUAAUAUAGUCCAGCGUUUUAUUGCAGCAAAGAAGUUUUGCUAUUGAUGAAAAGUAUCGAUAAAUAUGGGGUACAUAAAUACUGUACUUUCUAACGUACAGCUUAGGCUUAUAAGAUACAUCUCAAUUAGUCUCUUAAAAUAUACCACUUUAAGAGGUUCAAAGAUAACUUUAUUAAGAUUAUUGUUAUCUUGCUCAAUAUUAUACAAGUUCAGCUUACAACUUAACAGAGAGAAAUUUUAAAAACAAUACCUCUAGAGAACACGGAGGUAUUCUAAAUGUGUAAUAUAAAAUAUUUGCAGAAUGGGACCUCUACUGUAAAUAAGCAAUGGACUGCACUAUGACUAUAGAGAAAAAGAAAAUGUUAAUUUCUAGCUGUAAUAUAGAUUUAAGGUACUAACAAAAAAAAAAAAAUGACGAUCUCAUUGUGAUUUUGAUUAUUCUGCGAAUUGUGAUCGUAAAUUCAUGAAUUCUUGUACAUUAUAUAGUUGCAUUAUAUGGCUACCUAUAAUACAAAAGAAAAAAAAAAUAGAAAGAGAAACAAAUAGUACUUCAAUGCAUAUAUAUAUAUAUAUAUAUAUAUAUAUAUAUAUAUAUAUAUAUUAUUUCUAUUUUGAAAGAAAAGUUUCAACUGUAUUAUGAUUUAGAUGGUUUAUAUGCCAAAUGCAGCUAUUAAUGUACUACGAACUAGUAAUGCAUUUUAGACUAUUAUCGUAUAAAAGUGCGUCUGGCAGAAAUUUGCAAGAAAUAAUUGGCGUCCUAUUCUUCCACGUGUUAAUGUCCUCUCUUUACUUAGAUUCCUCCAGUUACUCCGUGGCUGGUUUCAUUCACUGCCAAUUUAUUCAUUGUUGUGUCAUUUACAUAAGCAAAGCUUGCUAAGACUAAAGAAAUCGUGUUGUUACACUUUUGUUAAUCAAUGUUUUAACUUAACAUUUGAUGUUAUUACUUACAUUAUUACAUUACAUUAUUAUUACCAAGGUAGCUUGCUAGUUUUUGAGAUCUCCAUACCACUCAAAAGCCUCGACAAGAUGUCCAACCAACUGCCAGUAUCAUACUUAAUCGUAGAUUUAUCGGCAAAUCAAAUUAAAAAAAAAAAAUAUAUAUAUAUAUAUAUAUAAACUGAAUUAGGCUGUGGAAUCCUAAUUAAGUCAAUGAUAGUAACGCUACCUGUACGUACGGUGUACAUAUCGUAUCAUUGAUAGUAUCUUUUAGUUCAUAAAUGUCAAUGGAGAAUAGCAAAGAAGAUAAAUAUCUGAUGCAUUUCCAAUGGUAAUUAUUUUCUUUUUUUUUUUUUUUUUUUUUUUUUUUUUUUUUUUUUCUCUUUUUUCUUGUUUUUCUUCUACAUAGAGCCUAGUUCUUGAAAUCUAUGAAAGUUUUUAAAUAUGUUAAAGUCCCAAAUCCUAAUAGAUAAAAAUAUUUACAUAAUUCUUUAUGCGAAUUAUGUUUAUCAUACAGAUUGAACUACUUUUUUAAUAGUUGCUUCUCAUCUUAUUAAUUAUAUUUAUACAUGCAUAACAAAAUGAUGCUGCUUAUAAAUCAGAAAGAUUUCAUGCACCUUAUUCUAUUUCAUUAAAUAUUUUCUGAAUCUCAUUAUGACAAUACUUGUUCAAACAUAAUUCGAUUACCUUUAAAACGGUAUGUCUUAUGCACUUGCAUUAGCUUCGACGACUAUUAUAUUGGUAAAAAUAAUUAAUGGUGAUAUUCCUAUUCAAUUUCAACACUGUUUGUUAUGCAUAAAUGAUGCCAGAAUUUUUCCGUAUAAACCUACGUGUGUUGCAUGGAUAAGAUUUAGGAUUUUAACAAUUACAUUCAAAAUUUUUUAAGUAAAUAUGGCAUAUAGUUACUGUACAAGACAGCGAAUCUUAAUAAUUUGAAAGACAUAAUAUUACAAAAUGUACUGUGCCUAAGCCUGUUGUUAAAAUUGGUUUAUAUACCGCCUACAAAAUAAAGACAACAGCAAUGCAUAGUGCACACUAGCACAGUAAGUCCAUUAGAACGAGCAACUUUGGCAGACAACUAAAAAUAAUUAAAUAUAUUAAUAUCAACUUAUAAUGCAAAGGGGAUGAAGGAAUAAAUACAUUUUAUAUUGUCACACA